GGCAUGUCAAAAACCACACACACAAACCAAAUAUUAAGUACUAUAUCCCUGCUCUGCCCCUGCCUUCCUUCCUUAUUUUACAUAUGGCCGGCAUCACACAGCGCCUAGCAGCUCCUCGUAAAACGAGGCCAACUGUGCUAAAGGAUCAUGACCGUAGGAUGUUCGCAUUAUCCGAUGAUAAUGCAUUGAUGAAGCAAAUUCAGGCAACCCAUGCUCCUGAUGGUCGUGAAGUUUCUGUCAAGCCCAUUCUCCUUAUCAUUGGGGACAUCUUUCACCGUGCCACUCCCAGCCUUGAUGGCAUUCUCAAUGGCACGCAAGAACAUGUGGAUACGGAGGACAAGACUGUCACGGCUCCUGGUUUUGAUGAUGACAUUCUUGAAUCAUUGGCUUACCUUAUAUACAAAAUCUCUUGCGAGACAUCAUGCAAGUGCUCAGGUGGUGGAGAUGCACAUGCAACUACAAUGGCAUUAUUGAACACUCUCACGAGCUUUUCAUGGGAUUCAAAAGUGGUUCUAACCCUAGCAGCCUUUGCGGUGAAUUAUGGGGAAUUCUGGCUCGUUGCUCAGCUUUGCAUCAGAAAUCCACUUGCCAAAUCUGUGGCUUUCCUCAAGCAGCUGCCCAACAUCAUAGAGUAUUCAAACUCUCUAAAACCCCAGUUUGAGGCACUUAAUAAACUAAUCAAAGCCAUAAUGGAUGUAACUACGCACAUUGUUGAGUUCACGGAACUUCCAUCUCAGUUCAUUUCGGACGACACCCCAGCAGUGAUGGCUGUCACGGCUCAUUUACCAGCUGCCGCCUAUUGGACCAUUCGAAGCAUUGUGGCUUGCGCUACACAGAUUUCAAGCCUUAUAGGUUUGAGAAUGGAGAACAAUACUGCAUUAACCACAGAGGCAUGGGAACUAUCAAGCUUGGCGCACAAGGUCACCAAUAUACACGAGCAUCUGAAGAGCCAACUCGCUCUCUGUUAUCAACAUAUAGAGGAGAAGAGACAUCUGGAAUAUUUCCACACUCUCGUCCGUCUUUUCGAGACUUUACACCUGGACAAUUUGAAGAUUCUCAGGGCAUUGCUACAUCCCAAGGAAGAGCUGGUGAUUGGUUCCUCCCAGAAAAAGGUAAAUAUUGAAGUACUACAGAGAAAGCAUGUGCUACUGCUCAUAUCAGAUCUUGAUAUCCCCCAUGAUGAAAUUACAAUUCUCGGUCAUAUGUACCUAGACCCACAGAGAAAGACAGAUCAUCAGAUGCAAUACGAAGUGGUCUGGCUCCCAGUCGUGGAUAGGUUAAGUCCCCAUAAAGAUCAAGAGAAGGUCAAAAAGUUCCAGGAGUUGCAGUCAAAGAUGCCAUGGUAUACAGUGACUGAUCCUUGGACAAUUGAACCGGCAGUUAUUAAGUAUAUCAAGGAAGUGUGGCGUUUUAGCAAGAGGUCGAUUCUAGUGUCCCUGGAUCCACAAGGAAGGGUGGUCUCCAUCAAUGCACUCCACAUGAUGUGGAUCUGGGGGAGUUUGGCCACCCCUUUUAGUAUUGAGAAAGAGGAAGCUUUAUGGAAGUCAGAAUAUUGGGGAAUUACACUACUUAUCGAUGGCAUCGAUCCAAAAGUGAUAGAAUCGAUGGCAAAAGGGAAUAUCAUAUGCUUGUAUGGAGGUGAGGACAUGGAGUGGAUUCGGAAGUUCACAAGCUCAGCAAAAAAAGUUGCCAAGGCAGCUAAUAUCACUUUGGAUCUUCUUUAUGUUGGAAAGAGCAAUGCGAAGGAGAGGGUGCAUAAAACUAAUUCAAUUAUCAGUACAGAGCAGCUUAGUCAGAUCUGGCCUGACCUCACAUUCAUAUGGUUCUUUUGGACACGACUGGAGAGUAUGUUAUACUCCAAAAUGCAGAAUGGCAAGACUGUCGAAAACGAUCCUAUAAUGGAGGAGGUCAUGACUAUGCUUAGCUUUGAUGGCAGCGAUAAAGGAUGGGCAGUAGUGUGCGGAGGAAUACCUGGUCCUGAAGAAAUAAUAGCCAGAGGCAACGGAGAGAUUGCCUUAAAAACCUUGGAAGACUUCGAAAACUGGAAAGUUGAUGCUGAGCAGAAUGGCUUUGUGCCAGCAUUCAAAGAGCGUCUACGAAAGCUUCACACCCCGCAACACUGCAACCGCCUUAUCCUUCCUGGGAUCACUGGGGAAAUCCCAGAGAGGAUAGUGUGCGCAGAGUGUCACCGUCCUAUGGAGAAGUACUUCAUGUACCGCUGCUGCACCGAUUAAGUGAUCAUGACAAAAUAUUUACAUACAUAUAUGGUACUUACUUUGAGUACCAUUAUCAUCAUGUUCUCUAUUAUAUAUAUAUAGAUAUAUGCGUGCAUGUGUGUGGUGGAGAUCCAUAGUGUGAAUUUUAGUUAAUGGUUUGAAGAAUUGCAAUGUGAGAUCAUGUAUUUAAGUUGUGUGAAGCUUCCUCUUGGGCUGCGUAUGUACUGUGUUAAUGCAGUUUGGGUCUGCUAUCUAUCAGUAAUAAAUAAACUGCGUGUUGUAAGAA